ACUCAGGUGUGUUGGUUUCGCCCCCUCAACCCUGCUGGGCGCUGUGAUGUCACUGACAGAAUGUGGUCGGUUUGGUACAAGUGAAGUUUUUAGCUUAACCUUUCCAAGAAGGAAGGGUGCCGUUUAGAAAAUAGAUAAUAACAAUAAUAAGAAGAAGAAGGGAUCGUAAUUAGGAAAUAAAACGAAAAGAAAAGGAAAUGCCACAGUAGCAAUCGGAUAAUACUAGACAGAAUAUCUCGCUUUUGAAAGAGACUCGGCGUUGAGGGAUGUCAGCACAGGUGAAGCAAGCCGAGUUUUGUGCCGGUCCAAGCCCAGAAUCCACCAUGAUCACCGAGCCUCCACAGAAGAGACAGAGGACGGUUGAAGACUUCAAUCAGUUCUGCACUUUUGUGCUGGCCUAUGCAGGGUAUAUUCCAUACCCUAAGGAGCAGGAGCCCUGGCCUCGCAGCAGCCUGAGUCCUCGGCGCAGCACGGGCAGCACGCUGGACAGUGACAGCUGGGUGUCCUCCCGCUCCUCCGACUCCCACACAGCCGCCCGCCACACCAAGCGCCCCAAGGAGAGGGCAGGGGGCCCCAAGCGAGCCCGUUCCGACGACGUCUUCCCAGGACUGCCUGCAGCCAUCUGUGGGAGUCCUGCCGGCGUGGAGAAGGGCAAGAGGAAGAAACAGUCUGGCAAGACCAUACCCGGUGAGAAGAAACAGAGAAGGAGGACUGCUGAGGGAGGCAAGAGGACCAGCCUGGGCAAGGUGCCACCCACUGCACCCAUACCGCCUCCCCUCGGGAGUGGGGCAGGUAUCGGGGUCCAGGUGCUGGGGAGAGCAGGGGAACAGCAGGAGGCUGGGCUGCGGGGGCCAGCUGCAACCCUGCUUAGCAGCACCAGGGUGCCUGGCCAGGAGAGCGUUGUAGAGCCCCUUCCCCAACAGGCAGAGGCAAAGCGAGAGUGGAUACCCCGACCCCUCUGGGAUCACAAAGUAACAGAGGCGGUGACUGAACGCCCAGUCGUGAAGGAGGAGAGGCUACAGAUGAUUGAGGAAGGGCAGCACUGGUAUAACAUGGGCCAGGCAGAUAAGAACAUAAUGGACUGGGAAAGCAACUGGGAGAGUGAGAACAAAAAAACAGGGGACCACCACCACCACCAAGAGGAGGACACUAUUGACCAGGAGAGUCGGGACUCUACUGUCCUGGAGUGCAAGGAGGUGAAAGAGCAGACGAAUAAAGACGUUAAAGAACGCAAGAAUAAGGACAACGCAAACCACACAAAAAAAGAAAAGGAUCUUAGUGACCGAGCUGAAGAAAACAAACAUGAUAUUGACCAGAGGGACAAAGAGACCAGUGAGCAGCAGCAGCAGCAGCAGGAUAAGCUGCUCUUUGACCAGUGUAAUAAGUGCAGUGAUAUUGACCAGGCUGAUAUGAGCAACACUGACCAUAAAAGCAAGGCCAGUAUUGAUCAGAUGAAAGCCGACAGCGCUGAGCCGGCGGGUACUGCCUCCCGCGAGGAUAAGGACAUUCUGAAUCACUUAAAUGAGGACUGCGUGGACAGGAAAGGUAAGGACAGCUUUGUCCAAGAUGAGGAGGACAGCCAUAUCGACCAGGAGACAGGCUACCAUACAGACCAGGACAGCAGCGAUAUGGACCAGGAGGACAAAGCUGGGGAGGACAGCGUCACGGACUGCUCAUCUUUUUGCACAGAGAACACGUCAGCAGAAAACAGCAGAAUGGAAGAGGACGACUCGUGGGACCUGAUCACUUGCUUCUGCAUGAAGCCCUUCGCGGGACGUCCCAUGAUCGAGUGCAGCGAGUGCGGCACCUGGAUCCACCUCUCCUGUGCCAAGAUACGCAAGUCCAACGUGCCCGAGGUCUUCAUCUGCCAGAGGUGCCGGGACUCCAAACAGGACAUCCGCAGGUCCAACCGGGCCAGGACCGUGUCCCGCAAGCGCUUCCGAGAGUAGAGGAGUGAACACGGGGCCGGGACAGGGAACAGACAAAUACAUUGAACUACAAUGAGGCGCAUUCUACUGGGAGGACUGGGCAGGUCCAGCAGACCACACAGAGGUUCACUUCAACCUGCCAAGCACCUGCAGUACAGCACUAUACCCCAUACAUACUGCUGAUGCUGUGCGUUAAGGGGGCUUAAAAGGGUGUGGAAGCUGAGGAAACCUUGCACAGGGAGACCGGGGGAGGGGGGGGGGGGGGGUCAGAAACAGACAAUUCCAGAGGUCAAGGGUGGUAAAGGGGUACGGCCACAUUCUAGACACGUACACACGCACACACUGACACACACACACAACCAGACACGCACACACACACAAACACUGACACACACGCACACACGCACACACAUAUGCCCUCUUGUGGGUUCUACUGCUAUACCAUGCCCUCUUCGAAGACAAUCAAGCACAGAAAUAACCAAACCAAUGUGAGAACAGCACAGCACAGCACAGCACAGCACAGGCUGCCCGUUUUCACUUUGUUAGGCAAAGGGGCUGCAGCUGCACUUAUACAGACUCUUUGAGAUUCGAUAUAGAAACAAACACUGCACACUUCAUCACAAUGCUGACUGCGAGAGCGGCACUUACAAAGAGUAAACAGAGCCAUGCCCUGGCCUGCCAGGCACAUGGAGCACGAGAUACUGUGGCCUCUGCUUUGAUCUGCUUUGUGGUGUUUGCAUCCUUCUGAUUUCCUGAUGCCUUGGAUGAAGGCAGCUCUCAGCACCACAGCAGCGCUGGACACUUUACAUUGUGAGCGCUCUUUGUUUUUAUUGACAUGGUGAUUGAGCUACAUUCGAUCGCACGAUUGCAUUAACUACCUACAACCUUCUUUCAAUAGCAUUAUAAGUUAAUAGCACUAUUCCUCCAGUUUGUGGAGUCUGCAAAGGGGAUUGCAGUGUUGGUUGGCUGCAGUGUACUUCAAUGGGUUUGUUGGUGAAAGGAAGUGUGUGUGACUCAUGCCCAUAGCCUGGUUCUGAAGUGCUAUCCGUAUCCACUCAGUGCCCAGGGUCCCCACGCUAGGUAUCCCUGUGAAUUCCAGAGGCUUGACCAGAAAGGAUGUGCUUCACACCUCCGUGCCUUCCUCACAGUUCCUGAUCAAGCCCCACGUCUGUGAGACUGAUCCCGCUGUGUGUCGAGAGAUGCAGCCUGUGCAUGUCUAACCAGAGUACUUUAUACUUCAUGCUUUCAAAAAGAGAACAAUGUUGAGAAAAAUAAAUAAAUGACAAGAGGUCUGGUUGAGAAACA